AUCUGUCAGUGUCAAAAUUUCUGUUCCAAAUUCACGGUGAAAUGAUAUUGUGCUCCCUGUGUACUCUGGUAGUAGCGACGUGGAUAAACAUAUUGGUGUCGAUAGCCGUCCUGUGCUGCUAACAUGAAUACCGCCCUCAUUGCGAGUAUUGCUACAGCGAUUCUAGUAUCAGCCCUCUGCUGCGCUUUAAAACGCAUCUCCCCUUGCUUCUAACGCCGCCAUGUCGAAUGCUACUACUUCCAAACUUCCGAGGAAGCCUUCGGCGAAGACCGCCUCCACCGUGGAAGCGGCCAAAGGGCCCAAGAAGGAACUGGAGUUUCAGCUACCGCCUAUGAGUUUACCCAUCCCCAAAGCCAAGGAAAUAAACUUCGAGGAACUGAAGAAAAAGACUAUCAGGCGAAACGCGCCUCCAGGCGAAGACAAAAAGGCGUUGGCGAUAGUGUUGAGGGGCUUGAAGGAUCAGAAAAUCAGGGUCCACGAGUUUGUCAACUUGAUCGCCCCUUACACUGGCGACAAUGGUGACGUCAUGCGGAAAGUGGUAGAAGACGAUCUGGCUUCGUUUAGGAAACUGGUGACGCGUAUCUACGACACUAUGACUCAAGACGUAAGCGACGUGCUGGUCAACGAGCAACUGCAAACUGCUGCCUUCUACCAGGAAAGAUGCGACGCCUUCGAACGUAAGACACUCGAGCUGGUGUCCGAGAUCUACCAGAUGGCGCCCGAGUUCGAUUUCGACCGCUAUCGCAGAGACAAAGAGGAACACCUCAAUGUCGUCUUACCACUGCCCACAUUGAUCCAACGCGACGAAGAAGAUAUUCAAAUGCAGCGACGCCAAGAGGCCUUCCACAGGUUGCAGUGGCUUAAGAUAGAAGGCAAACGGCUGGCUGAGGAGAAUGAUAGACUGCACCAGCGAUUGGCCGAGCUCAGAAGGCAGCAGAAGGCCGAACAAGAGAGGGCAGCCGCAAGAGCAGCUUCAGUCGAAGCCCAGAAGCAAAGUCUGGAAGCCGAGGAAGCGCAAAAGGAAGAAAUUUUGGGAGAGCUCGGCGAAUCGAUUGGGAGGGCCAUGGUGAAGAACGAGGCGUUUGUGCAGCUCGAAGAGGAGUUGAACACCAAACGAAGUAUGGUAGCUGGGGUCAGCGGGGCGGUGGAACCAAGCGCGGUAGGUAUUCCGUCGGCGAAACGCGAGAGGAGGAAGAAGAAAUCGGAUUGGGCGUCAAGAACCGCAGCAGAUCUGGAAGAACAGAGUAUCCGCCGCGCGGGAGAUACCCAGAGAGAACAGUUUGACGCGCAGGCGCGAGUCUCAAGGCGAGCUAGAUCUCCACAGACGUCCCCGUUCCACUAUUCUCCUCCAAAGAGUCCACCGGAAGCGUACCUGCCCCUUUCAGGAGAUCUGCGCGAAACUACGGUGGAACAGAUGACGACGACAGUUCAUGAGCGACGGCCCCAGUCAUCAUCGAGUUAUGGUGGGCGGUACAGGGCUCCCAGAGAUACAUGGGGUGGUUUUGCGUAAUUUGUUUUUGUUUUGGAACUUGUUAUAUUCCAAAAUAAUAAAAAUACAG